AUGUUUCCCCGCGGCCUCCCGAAAACGAACACCUUUAAGGCCAGUGACGAUUGCGUGCUGUGGUACGGGCGCUUCAAGCGCGUGGUUCCCGGCGUCCCGAAAGUGACCGAGUAUGGGGGCGAGAGGCUAGGUCGAUGGCCAGGCCUGGUCGAGACGUACUUGAUGCUGGCCCUGACCAAGCCUGAGGACAAGCUGAUUGCCUUCACGGAAAUAGCCAAUCUGAUGCAGCAAAGGCCCGAAAUGAGCGGCGACGUGUAUCUUGCGGAGCGGAGGAAAGAGAAUGGUGAGCCCGCCACCAGGCUGGGGACCUACGUCGCCCCGUCAUGGUCGUGGGCGUCCGUCCAGGGACAUGUCUCGCUCCACUACGGUCCGAUCAUUCUCGAGCCAGAGACGUACGCGUCAGGAGAGGACGUCAUGCGCUCGGUGUCCCGAGGCUACAUCAAGCUCAGGGACUUUCCGCGGAGGGCGGGUGUUAGAAAGCGGGAGGCGCAAGCUUGGCCUUCGGGGUCGGUUCUCACCAUGGUUCUCAGCGGUGAGAGUUUCGAGUGUGAUGCCUGGAUGGACAAGACAGAUAUGUCCGAAGGCACCCGAUGCACCGAGGGCGUGAUUCUCGAGCAGCUGGAUCUCGAUCGGGAUAUUAUCAAGCGGGUGGGGAGGUUCACAGUUCAGGGGUACGCGGCGGCCCUUGUAUUUUAUGGUUUUGGAUGGGAAUUUUGGAAGAGACCGGGGUCGAGUGCAAGAGCCGUCAUGAUGGAGAAGGCUGCAGUUCUCAGCGAGCGGGUGGUCACUCUGCUGUGA